AUGGCAGAACUCAACGACACCACCUCGCAGAAUGUUAGCGGCAACGCCAUCCACCAAGAUGGCACUGAGCACAUCAAGGACCAAGUCUUUGAUGCGCGACAGACAACAGGUACGACUGGCGUCUCCUCCAACCCACCAGAGCCCAUAGCACCCGCCCAACCACCAGCGAGCAACCCCGGCGCCGACGAUGCCACUGCUGGCAUUGGCAAGGACGCGGGAGGCGUGAGCAGCACCGCACACAUUGAGAGUCCCGUCCAGGAGUCCGGCCAGGAGGGCGAAAAGGGGACUGUCGGGACCGUGCUGGGGUUCCUUGGCAUGGGCACCAGCACCAGCGUAGAGCCAGAGCGUGAGGCUGCCGAUGUUGAUGCCAGGAAUGCGGGUACCGCUGGAUCGGCAGCAGCGACUGAGGCGGCCAUUGCUACUGGCGCUGCGGGAGCUGUUGCGGGAGGCGUGCUUGCUUCUUCUUCCCACGGCCAGACUGUUGAGAUCCCUGAUCGGACCAGAUCUUCUGCCGUUGAAGGUAGUGCUGGUGGUGUAUCCGAGGGCACCUUGAAUCGCUACAGAGGAGACAACAGCACUACUACGGACAAUAGCACGACCGCGACCACAGCACCGAUCGCGGGGCAAUCAGCAGCCGCACACACAGACCCCAACGCCCCAAACACCACAGCUAACAUUCCCACCCUGACAGGCUCCAACGACAUCGUAGGCCAGAACGCCGACAGCACCGUCCGCGACGUCCCACAAGGUGGCCUCGAACACGAGAACACCCACAACAGCGCUCGCGACGACACCGAGAACAAGAACCUCCCAGACAGCGAGACGUCGGGAGAGAACGAGCACAAGCCCCUGCAGCAUGAGCAAUCAGGAAGUAAAACUAAGGGUAGCUCCAUGGAGAACCGCGAAUCGAUCCCGUCUGCUGGUGGGCAGAAGCUAGGAGAUAAGCACUGGGGCGAGAGCGCUAUUGUGCCGGAGGUGCCGCCGAAGAGGGCGAGUGAGGCUGGGAUUGCGAGUAAGGAGGGUCAGCCUACUGGCGAGACCGCGAACAACACCGCGGCUAACACGGGUGGCGCGACUGGUGGGCCAGGUCAUCAGGGUGGUGGUGGUGGUGAGGAGAAGCAGAAGUUCACGGAUAAUCUCAAGGAUAAGCUGCAUCUUGGCAAGAAGGAGUAG